CCAGUGAUUCAAACCUUGUCCCAGGCUGCUACUCGUCAGGACAUGACAUACUGGCUUCAGGAGCUUCAGCAGAAGAGAUGGGAAUACUGUAAUAACCUUGACGCAGCAAAGAGGGACAGCAGAACAUCACCUACACCUAGUGACUUUUCCAAAGGUCUUGUUGCCAAAGACAACCCUGAUUUGAAUAUCCCGAAUCAAAAUGCCUCAGCAGAGAGAGCUAGAAAUGUCCUAGCUCUGGAGACUUCUCCCACAGAACUGGUGGGAGAACAAGCAGCUUGCCAACCUGCACCAGUCCAUCCAAGUGCCAUCAAUUUCUCCCUAAAACAAUUGGGUACUGAGAUCAAGAAUUCAGUGUCUUCCUUAAGAUAUGGAAAAGGAAGCAAUGAAAACCGUAAAAGUGUAUUUUAUACUAAUGAAGAGUGGGAGAUGUUAGAUCCAACUCCAAAGGACUUGGAGGAAUCAAUGGCACUGGAAGAAAAGCGGAGGCACUUACUUGAAGGAAACAGAGGAGUGAGUAGCUCAACCUCUUUAUUUGAUUUUGGACGCAUUCCACAAAAAGCAAGACGCCCAUUAAAAGACAUGAUUGGAUCAAGCAGAAACCGGAAUAGCAGCGACUCCUCUCCAACUGAGUGGUCUUCUGGUAAUGGCAACAAACUAGCUUCUGAAAUGCAACUGAAGUUUCAGAGCCAGCAAGAAGAGUUGGAAAGGUUAAAGAAAGAUCUGUCAAGCCAAAAGGAACUUGUGCGGCUUUUGCAGCAGACUGUCCGGUCUUCCCAAUAUGAUAACUAUUUUGCAAGCCAUCUUUGUGAUGGGGUUCCGAAAGACCAGUUAGAGCUGCUACACCAAAAAGAUGGUCAGAUCUUGGGUCUCAACAACCAACUUGAAAAGUUAAAUCUGGAAAAAGAUAGUCUCCAACAAGAAGUUAAGAAUCUGAAGUGUAAAGUUGGAGAACUCAAUGAGCAGCUGGGUAUGUUAAUGGAAACCAUUCAAGCCAAAGAUGAAGUGAUCAUGAAGCUGUCUCGUCAACUCAGUGAUUGUGAAGACAAUCCAUCCUCCCAAAGCAGAAUUACUAAUUCUUCCAUGUCCUCUUCUACUAAUAAGGAACUACAGGAGUUGGACAAACUAAAAGACAAUCUUCAAGGUUACAAAACCCAGAAUAAAUUUUUAAACAAGGAGAUUUUGGAACUUUCUGCUCUACGAAGAAAUGCAGAAGCAAGAGAGAGAGCAUUAAUGGCAAAGUAUUCUAGCCUGGAGGCUAAGCUGUGUCAGAUAGAAAGUAAAUACUUGAUCUUGCUUCAAGAAAUGAAGACUCCUAUUUGCUCUGAAGAGCGAAGCCCUACCCGUGAUGUUAUUACCCAGUUGCUGGAAGAUGCCUUGAAAGUGGACAGCAGUGAGCAACCAGAACAAGCUUUCUUUAAACCUCACUUGGUCAGUGAAUAUGAUAUUUAUGGGUUCCAGACAGUCCCAGAGGAUGAUGAGGAAGAGAAACUAAUAGCAAAAGUGCGAGCCUUGGAUCUGAAAUCCAUUUCUCUUACUGAAAACAAAGAGAUUUCCACAGGUGUAAAAUGGGAAAACUAUUUUGCAAGCACAAUGAACAGAGAGAUGGUACGCAUUCCAGAACUGAAGAAUCUCAUCCGUGCUGGAAUUCCCCAUGACCAUCGUUCCAAGAUGUGGAAGUGGUGCAUCAACCUUCACGUUAAAAAAUUCAAGGACAGCACUGAUCCUGGGUAUUUCCAAACACUGCUUCAGAAUGCCCUUGAAAAACAAAAUCCUGCAUCCAAACAAAUAGAGCUGGAUCUCUUGCGAACUUUGCCAAACAACAAGCACUAUUCUUCACCUACUUCUGAAGGGAUCCAGAAACUGCGAAAUGUGCUGCUAGCCUUUUCAUGGAGAAACCCUGAUAUAGGAUAUUGCCAAGGUCUUAACAGAUUGGUAGCAAUUGCACUUCUGUACUUGGAACAGGAAGAUGCUUUUUGGUGUCUGGUAACAAUAGUGGAAGUUUUCAUGCCUCGUGACUAUUAUACCAAAACUCUGCUAGGAUCCCAGGUGGACCAGCGAGUGUUCAAGGAUUUAAUGAGUGAGAAACUGCCACGGUUGCAUGCUCACUUUGAACAGUACAAAGUUGACUACACGCUCAUAACUUUUAACUGGUUUCUGGUGAUAUUUGUAGAUAGCGUGGUUAGUGACAUCCUCUUUAAAAUAUGGGACUCCUUCCUGUAUGAGGGACCAAAGGUAAUUUUCCGUUUUGCCCUGGCACUUUUUAAGUAUAAGGAGGAAGACAUUUUAAAACUGCAAGAUUCAAUGUCCAUAUUCAAGUAUCUUCGGUACUUCACUAGAACUAUUCUUGAUGCUAGGAAACUGAUCAGUAUUGCUUUUGGGGAUCUCAACCCUUUCCCACUGCGGCAGAUCAGGAACCGGAGAACCUACCACUUGGAGAAAGUGCGUCUUGAGCUAACCGAACUCGAAGCCAUUCGUGAGGACUUCCUUCGUGAACGAGAGACCAAUGUAGAAAAAAGGGACCUUAUCAGUGAUGAUGAAGAAGACAAUUGAAGAACUCAUGACUUAUACUUUCUUUGGAAGGGGUGGGGUGGGAAAUCAUGACCAAAGCUUAUUGAGAUUUAAUUUCAAAUACAGUUCUUUUUUUAUUAAUUCUUUAAAAUGGAAUGUAAAAUAGUGGCACUUGGAAAUAUGCAGGACAGAUUUCCAAACUUCAGCACUUUCUUUCAAAAACAUUUUUUUGUAUCGGAGGCCAAACCGUUCUGUUUACAGUAGUGUUCAUUCCUGUGUGUGUAGAGCACUUAAAAUUAAUAUCUGUUUUUCAGUUAAACAGCUGAGCUGCCAGUUGUUGUGCUGAUGAAUCUCAUCAGUGCCUGCAUGUGAAGCGGUAGUAGAGAAGUCCUUACUCCUUAAUUACUGAACAUCGUUAUACAUUUUUAUAGCACGCUGUACUACUUGGAAUAAUACCAUUUUUCAGUUUCAGGAAGAUACGUUUAAAAAAAAAAAGUCUGUCCUGUUGGGAAUGAAUUGACCAUUCUUUAUAUCAACUGAGAAGGUAUGGAAUGAAGCACAGUAAAAGCAAUUUAGCUUUUGCACUGCAGCAUUGAUGUCGUUAGCUAGACAGAUUUUCUGUGUAUGUACUUAAAAUAGAAAACAAGUACUCUUUUUUUUAUUUAAAGUUUUGGUGUAUACUGUGAUUACAAUGCAAACUAUAACACUUGUAUUUAUUUUGGACAGCAGUGUUUUUAUAUGAUCACAUUCUCCUUAAUACAAAGGGAAAUGUCCACAAGUUUUGUUAUUUAAUAUUUCUCCCCCGGCCUCCCUACUCCUCCGUCCACAUUCUCUCAAGAAGCAGCAGCUGUUAAGAAGGAUUAAAUUAAUCAGAAUCCAACAAAUAUAUUGCAGAUAAUAGUUCAUAUCAGGGUUUUUUGUUUUGUUUGCUUGAAGUCCUCUUCUCCCUGUCCAGGUUCUGAAAUAAAUGAAAUCUGAAUUUCAAAAAACCCCAGUCAAGUGAUUUUGUUUCCAUGAAGCUUUAGCUUUUUUGUGUAAUGGUAUAAUUUAAGGCUCUUAAAGGAAGACUAAAUGCAGGUAGGAAUUGAUUAAAGAUUCCUUAAUUUGUGCAAAAAUCUAAAACAUAACCCCAAAAUAUGUGCUGCUGUGCAAGCUGCACAUGUAGCCCAUGAGCCAGCUUGGUGAAACAGCCAGUCAUCCACCUAAUGUUGUCUCUGGCAUUAGGACCAUGGAAAGCUUGCUGAGCCCACCGUUGUUAUUUCACUUCUUGAUGCACAAUUAAAUGAACAGUAACAGGACAUAAUGGAUUUCUUUCUUGCUUUCUUAACAAGAUUGAAUAUAAGAUUCAAGCAAAAGCUCUCACAAAAAGGUUUUUCAUUUCUAUGGCAAUAUACAUGGAGGAGUGAUGAUUAAAAGCAGUCAAUAGUGUAAGCUCGCAGAAUUCUUCCAUUUUCCACUAUUUUAUUUUACUGAGAAAUGGAUAGAGUUUCUUUUUUCCAGAGCUACUUGUAGCAAUAAGCUUAGAAUAUAGUGGGGAUAUCUGCUGCUUCUUUAAAAAAAAAAAAAAAAAAUAAAAAUACAGUUAGUUUAACAGAUCAGCUUCAUAAUUAGCUGACCUCUUCCAGCUACCUAACGAGAAGACACAACUUGUAUAAUAUGUCAUUUCAAAUAAGGAGCAAGUUCUUUAUGCUGACUGGAGAAAUCUGGAAUGAUCAUCUUCAGAAAUAUUUCACUUGUGUUCAAAACUUUCUUGCGUGUAUAGUUACAUUCCCCAGUUACUCCUUCUCUUGUACUUGAAUUUAGUAGGUAGUCUUUUCAUAUUAUUGCAUAUACAUGUUCCUUUUAUACUCACAAUUACAAUCACUAUAUAAAUAUACAAACAGGACCUUUUUUUAAAAUGUCUAAUUAUAUGCUGGCUGUUAGGGGAGCUGGUCUCUAAACAGAUCUGUAAUGUAAAGCUAUUAUUUUCUUUUCAAGUGUUAAACCCAUCCAUUCCUAAAUUGGUUUUAAGCUGUUCUUUAGAAUUGCUGCAGUUGAAUUGGAUAGUUCAGAAGUAUGUAGAUAGCCAGUUUUUACUAGUCCACCGCUCCUAGAGACUGCUGUUUUGAGCCUUGAUUACAGACCAUUUCUGUGAUUUUUUUUUUUUUUUUCCUUCAAACUGAACACAUUAAAGCCCCCUCAGGUUAUGAAAAGAAAACAGUAUGCUUUGGAAAACUGCUCAGGAAAUUCUCCAGAGCUAACAGAUAUACUGAAGAGGGUAUUACUUGCAAUAUCCUAGGUCCUUCUUGGGAAAUAAUGUUGCUAAUUAAACUUAAUUUUUUUGUUCCUGCAUGUCAUAAAACAGUUUAUUACACAGUCUUUACAUGUGAGUAACAACAAAUAAGGUCCAUAACAUAAUCAUAACUUGGAGUAAAUUAAUAUAAGAUAGUUACAGUAGUUAAAAGGAGUUGGUGACUUCCUGGAAGGCUAGUGUCUACAUCUCACUUCUCAUCGUUACUGGUGCCUUGAACAGAAAGACAAAAACCUAAAUGAGCAACAAUGACAGCUUUUGUUACUGGCUGUCCCUACAGAAUGGAAGUAACAGGAACCAGCUUAAGAGAAAUAUAGUUUUAUUUGUGUCUGCUUGUAACUAUUCUGUGGGCAAAUAGUGGGUUUCUGGUGCUUUUUUACCCUGGCAACUUUGAAGAGCACUAACUCACUUUAUUUAAAUAAACAUGCAAGUUACACACACUCAGUAUUUGAUCAGGCAAAUCCAAAAAGAAAUACAGAAUGACUUGGUGAUCUUCAAGCCUGGAUUUUAUAGACACAGAAUGAUAACAUUUAGGGAUAAAUUCUCAAAGCAGUGCACAAAGAUUUAAAUUUGCACUCCUUCCACUUAUUGGAAAUUGACCCAUUAAUGAAAAUAGUAAGCACCAAGUCUAUAUUUUGUAUGUUUAACAUCCCGUUUAACACUUUCGUGCAUCUUCACUACAAUGAAGACUCUGGACUUUGUUUGUUAAAGAAUUUCAUAAUUGUUACAUACACGCAAGACCUUUCUUAUGCACAGCACCUCAUAUAUGCCUUUAUGUAAACCAAACCACUAAGAUAAGAUCCUGAAAAUUGUUCUUCCAUCCUUAUACCUAUAUGCAUGGUUCUGUUAUUUUCAGUUAUAUUAGACUUAAAUAUGGUGCACUACACAUCUACCUGUUAGUACUGCACGGUGUUCCUGUUGCGCCUGUAUAUACAAUAUUGGUAGUAUUAUCAUCAAGUGUUAUUGGAAAGUUCUUGAACAGUUAUAGUAGUCAAAUAGUAUUUGCAUUUUCACUGCUCUUGUUCAUGAUGUAUACUGUAUUAUUCCCUGAUCCCUGUAUGUACCUAUGGGAGGGUAUUUUAGCAACAAGAGUAGGAUUUUGUGGUUUAAAACAGCUAGCAAAAGACAACAGCUGUUCAUGAAUUUGACAAAUUAAAUCCUAUCACAAUCAUGCUUAUUUGUUCAAUAAAUCUGUUACUGAGAAAUUAAAACUAGUCACUUUUCUAGUGUGGAGCAAAGUACAGAAAUUUUUAAUAAAUUGUCCCUUAAGUGCCAUUUUGUAAAUGAAAUUAGUGGUGCAUGGUACACAAAGCCUAUUUUAAUCACAAAAGUUGACUGAUACUGUUUUGCUAAAGAUUCUUGUAAGAUUGAAGAAAAAAAUAAACCAUUUAUUACUUUGCAUUAUA